AUGGUUGAUCUACACUACAGCUUUUUGAUCAUAGUCCCUAAAGCUUCCUUACUUGACGCCAACAGAAAUGAGAAUUUGCUUGUGUAUCGAUAUACUUGUUUGGUAUCAACUGUGCUGUUGCAAGGAAAGAGUUAUGGCUCUGUAUCCCUUUCUUGUGGUUUCAUGUACCUGAGUGUAAGAGGAAGACAAAUGGCUAUCGAUGAUAUCGUGGAAACUUUUAAUGGAACAGGUUCAAUCAAUUCCACAACGUCAUUCCAGAAACAGUUUUCAGGAACUUUCUAUAACGGACAUAAAGUGAUCAACGAUCCGAUUCAUGGUCAUAUACUUUUGGAUGACUACACCGUUGAAUUCAUUGAUACACCUCAAUUUCAACGCUUAAGAGAUUUGAAGCAGCUGGGUGUAUUAUAUUUUAUCUUUCCAGGCGCAAGUCAUAACCGUUUUGAACAUUCAGUUGGUGUAUCUCACUUAGCAGGCACACUGAUAGAGAGAUUUGCCAGAGAACAACCAGAAUUAGAGAUAACGGACAAUGAGAUUAAAUGUGUCAAAUUGGCAGGCUCAUACUAUUCUCUCAGCUUAUGCCAUGAUUUAGGUCAUGGUCCUUUUAGUCAUGUUUUCGAUAAUUCAUUCAUGCCUUGCGCUCGUCCAAACUUUGCUUGGACACACGAACAAGGCUCUGAAAUGAUGUUAGAUUACUUGAUUGAUGACAACUAUAUUGACGAUAUUGAUAAAUCAGAUACGCAACUUAUCAAGGAUUUGAUUGCCGGCGAAUCUCGACAGCCUUCAAAGUACUCAGAACGUCGAUUUUUAUUUGACAUUGUAGCCAACAAAAAGAAUAGUGUUGAUGUUGAUAAAUUUGAUUAUAUCGAGAGAGACACUUACAAUAUGGGAUUACGUAGUUCUUAUGAUGCAAAGAGAUUACUGGUCUAUAGUAGAGUGAUCAACAAUGAAAUUUGCUAUCACCAUAAGGAAGUCUAUAACAUGUAUGAAAUGUUUCAUACACGGUAUAGUCUGUUCAAACAAAUCUAUACGCAUCGAGUUGGUAAAUCGAUUGAAUUGAUGAUUGUGGAUGCGUUAUUAUUAGCAGACCAGUACUUGAAGAUUUCAGAGUCUGUAGAUAAGCCAGAAGAAUACUUACAUUUAACCGAUGAUAUUCUACGUUCCAUUGAACGAUCCAAAUGCGAUGAACUCGCCAAAUCACGACAUAUUAUAAAGCAGCUACGAACAAGAAACCUCUACAAGUUUGUUGAUGAGUUCUUAAUACCGCCUGACCUUGAACCCUAUUUGACGAAGGAUGUAGUUACCGCUCAAGAAAUAGUGAAUCAUCAAACGGACAAUGCUGGGUUGGUUCAAGAGGACGUCAUUGUCAAUUUCUCAAAAGUCAACUAUGCUAUGAAUGAUAAAAAUCCUGUAGACUCCAUUCGUUUUUUCUCAAAAUUCAAUGACCAGGAUUCAUUUAACGUGCCUCAGGAUAAAGUAUCUUACAUGAUCCCUACGAAGUAUCAGGAUAUUCAUAUUAGAAUCUUUACAAGAAAUCCAAGUAAGAUGCGCUAUGUUCAGCAAGCGUUUAGAAGGUUUUUGGGUAAAAUAACCAAAAUAGAAACGGAUGCAAAUCCAACGGUUUCUGUACCUGAAGAUUAUCAGAAUUUGGUGUCAGCUAAAAGGCGACGCAAUUCGUAG